AUGGCCGACCAGCUCACCGAUGAUCAGAUCGCCGAGUUCAAGGAGGCUUUCAGCCUAUUCGACAAGGACGGCGAUGGUUGUAUUACAACCAAGGAACUCGGGACUGUAAUGCGGUCUCUUGGGCAAAAUCCAACUGAGGCAGAGCUGCAAGACAUGAUAAAUGAAGUUGAUGCCGAUGGCAAUGGUACCAUUGAUUUCCCUGAAUUCCUCAACCUUAUGGCCCGCAAGAUGAAAGACACUGAUUCAGAGGAGGAACUCAAGGAAGCCUUCCGCGUCUUUGAUAAGGAUCAAAAUGGUUUUAUUUCUGCGGCUGAGCUCCGCCAUGUUAUGACAAAUCUUGGCGAGAAGCUCACAGACGAGGAAGUUGAUGAGAUGAUUCGCGAGGCUGAUGUUGACGGUGAUGGGCAGAUCAACUAUGAGGAGUUUGUCAAAGUUAUGAUGGCCAAGUGA